UGGAGAUGUUGUUUCGAUGGCCUUCGUUGUCUUUCCCAUGCACGGAUGACGAAGGUCGAAGCUGCCUCAGGCAAUAACGCCCCGCGUGCCAAAAGUCCCGUUCCAAACCACACCCCGCCAUAAACAUCUCCCAUACAAACACGACAUCACUCACCGCCUCCAUACAUCCCUGCUCGCCCCGGUCGGCGACCACUCGAGGUCACACCACACCUCGCCCACAACCUACACCUCACAUCGCCUCCGCCACGCCACACGCCACCAUGUCCAAAAUCGUCAACAUCACCAGUCCGCAACACUUCUCCCAAGUCCUGCAAUCCUCGCGCAUCGUCGUCACCGACUUCUGGGCCGACUGGUGCGGGCCAUGCAAAGCCAUCGCGCCCGUCUACGAACAGCUCUCCUCCCAGCUCUCGCGCCCCAAUGUCAUCACCUUCACCAAAGUCGACACGGAUCGACAGAAAGACAUUACGCAGACGUACGGCAUCACCGCCAUGCCCACUUUCAUGAUCUUCAAGCAAGGCCGGGAGACGAAGCGGAUACGAGGUGCGGAUGCGAAAGCGCUCGACGCCGCGAUCAAGCAGCUGGCACAGGAGGCGGCGAACGCAGGCUCUGGCGGCGUGGAUGAAGGCGCGAGUGCAAGUGGGAGCGGAGGAGCGGGCUGGACAGCAUUUGCGGCGCCACGAGGAUACACAGACAUCACGGACCAAGUAGACACGCUGGGGCUCGACUUUCUCAAUCUCGACAGCGACGCAGGGGACAAACGCAAGAUCUUCGAGUCGAGCAAACCCGCGGCGGCCAGCAGCACGGCGAAGAAAGAGUGGAUCGAAAGCGAUACCGACGAGCAACUCAUGCUCUUCAUCCCCUUCCAAAGCACCGUCAAACUCCACAGCAUCCAACUCACCUCCGUCACUUCCUCCGACUCGGACAUCAUCCGACCCAAGACCAUUCAUCUCUACACCAACCGCAGCACCGUCUUGGGCUUCGACGAGGGAGAAGACGCCCCAAAGACGCAAUCCUUUGAGCUGACGGAGAAGGACUGGGAUGCCAAGACGAGCACGGCGAGGUUGGACCUGCGCUUUGUGAAGUUCCAGAACAUCACCUCGCUCGUCAUCUUCGUGGUUGAUGGUGACGGAGACGGCGAAAAGACGCGGAUAGACCGUCUGCGCUUCUUUGGAGAGACGGGAGAGAAGAGGGCAAUGGGCAAACUAGAAAAGGUCGGCGGGGAUGAUUCGUAGAGUCGGUUCAGCAUAGAUAGCAUUGCAUCUUCCCAAAAAUAGCAUUAGCACGAGCAUCCUUCUCACCU